AUGUUUACCUCGAGUACAUCCGCAAUGAGAUUGACACGGAGCAUAACUUCUUGCAGCUCCCCUGGACCAUCCUCCUCUUGCUGUCCUUCACUGUGCUUAGCAUGGGCUUGCUCCAGCAGGAAGUGGAGUUUGCCAUGCAGGAGGCGAGGGUGUUGGGCUCGCGGUCAGAACGUUGGAGGGGGGGGCUUCUAUGUGCAAUUCUAUGGCAUCAGUUUGAGACUGCAGAUGUCGCAGGUGCAGGAAGGUCUAGGCUUGGGAGUUCCGAGCUGCAGCACGUGCAACAGAAUUGUGCCUUUUUUUGGCCAGAUUCUCAAAUUUCCUGAGUCAAAAGGGCUUUGCAAGUGGAGGGUUGCAUGGCUGUGGGGGCGAAGUUCAGCUGUCCCUGGCAGAGCCGGGCGAAAGGCAGGAGCCCGGAAGGAAACAAAGCAUCUAUGUAGGGUCCGAGCUGGUGACCCAAGGGCUACAGGUAAGUAG